AUGUCGCGCCCUCUAGUAGUCGAUGUCCACACCCAUGUGUACCCUCCAUCGUACAUGGCGAUGCUACGCGCUCGCAAGACAGUCCCCUACAUCCACGACCCAGCGAGCGGAGAACCGCGCCUGAUAAUCCUGUCAUCAGACGAUGACCCAUCCAUUCCAAUCGACGAGCGCGGCCGUCCCGUCGACACAUCCUACUCCGACAUCAAUGUCAAGCUAACCUUCAUGCAACAACAUGGCAUUGACUGCAGCGUGAUCUCUCUCGCAAAUCCCUGGCUAGACUUCCUCGAUCCCGCCGAAGCCCAACAAUGGGCCGAGCGCAUCAACAACGAUCUAGAGGAAACCUGUGCCCAGAACAAUAAGUCCACUGACCCGGACAACACUCUCCCUCUGCAGGGGAGGUCGACUUUAUUUGCAUUUGCGACUUUGCCGCUGAGCGCACCCAGCGCAGAUAUCAUCGUUAACGAAAUCAAGAGACUUAAGACCCUGCCUCAUAUCCACGGCGUGAUUAUGGGGACCUCCGGGCUGGGAAAUGGUCUCGAUGAUGAAGCGCUCGGUCCGGUUUGGGCUGCUCUGGAGGAAACGCAGUUCCUUCUCUUCUUGCAUCCUCAUUACGGUCUCCCUGAUGAGGCCUUUGGUGGUCCCGAGGUAACAAAGCGCUACGGUCAUGUCCUCCCCCUGGCGCUGGGAUUCCCGCUUGAGACCACCAUUGCGGUUACUCGCAUGCUGCUGUCCCGUGUCUUUGACAAAUUCCCGCGGCUGCAAAUCCUGCUGGCGCAUUCGGGCGGCACUUUGCCAUUUUUGGCGGGGCGCAUCGAGAGCUGUAUUAUGCAUGAACGGAAGUUUGUGGAGAAUGGUGGCGAUGUCCCUGGCCCGCAAAGGAGUAUCUGGGAGGUUUUGAAGACAAAUAUCUUCCUUGAUGCUGUCGUCUAUGGGACUGCUGGGCUCAAGGCUGCUGUUGCUGCCGGGGGAGGUACUGAUCGUCUUAUGUUUGGUACCGAUCAUCCGUUCUUCCCGCCUCUAAAUGAGGGCGAGAAGGAAUGGAUCAGUGUGACAACAAAUUAUAAAGCUAUUGAUGCGACUUUCGAGGGGGAAAAAGAGGCUGUGGCUGCUGUUUUGGGUGGCAAUGCGGUUCGUGUUUUGAAACUUGAAUAA